UGGGCAGCUCCAUCACCUCAUUUACCUUCUUUACGAGAAUGUGCGAACAUUUUCUGCCUGCCUAAUUCUUUGGGGAACUUGAGGCACCUCCAAACACUAGAUGUUAGAGGUACACACAUAUUUGAGUUGCCAGCAACAAUCACCAAGCUUCGAAAGCUACAGCACCUUCGGACAACUGAUUUAUUGAAGGGCAGAGGUAAUGUCAAAGGAGAGGCUGACAUAGUUGGUAAGUAUAGAAAGCGUGCUCCUUAUCUUUCGACCAAAUUGGGCUGGGCUUGUUUACUUGGACUGUACACAAGUCCUGUUUUCUUGAGACCACAAGUUUUAGAUGCUGGUUUGAACAGGCUUGAUAUACUCAACCUAUACCGCUUCAGCAUGUUGGGUCUAGUGGAGACUGAUUCCCUCUAUGUGAGUUGGCUGGAUGGUGUUGGAGUUCCUGGAGGGAUUGGUAAGCUGAAGGCCCUGCACACACUGGGUGUUGCCAAUAUUGCACGGGGCAAGGGAAAGGCCACUCUGAAAGAGUUGGAAGAGCUUACUCAGCUGCGUAAGCUUGGAGUGACUGGUGUCAGCGACAAAAACAGCAAGGAGUUGUGGUCUGCCAUUGCUGGUCACAAUCAACUUCGAUCUCUGUCAGUGAAUGGUUUGCACUCUUGGUACCAGUUGGAUGGUAGUUUGGGUGAGGGUUUGUCGCCACCAAGCUGCCUUGAGAGCCUCAAGCUGUGUGGGAAGCUAGUCAGAGUAACCUCAUGGAUCCAUCAGCUUCAGAAUCUCUCCAAGUUGACGCUACAGCGUUCCAGUUUGCAGCAAGAUGAUGGUGCCAUACAAGUCCUUGGGAUGCUACCAAACCUUGCAGUUGUACGCCUGAAGGCGGUGUCAUUCUGGGGGAGACAGCUCCGUUUCCAAGGCUCAUCUUUCCCGAGUCUCGUGGUGCUGGAGCUUCUUGGAUUAGAUAACCUUGAAUCGGUGUUGUUUGAAGAAGAUGCAAUGCCUAGGCUCGUGCUGCUGCAAGUUUAUGACUGCAUGAAGCUGAAGGAAAUCUCAGGGCUGCCAGUCCUCACAAGCCUCAGGGGAAUUCGGCUAGGUAGUCGUGUUCGCGAUGCAUUGAAGGAAGUGAAGAGGCAGGUAGCGGAGCAUCUGAAGCACGUCAGACUGAAUCUCUUGUAAACUCCACAGAUAUGUGUGUGUAUCCAUCUUCCCUUGUUUUUUGUGUGUAUCCAUCCAGGCUUAUUGAAUAGCUGCUGCUGCUUCUUGUGAGGAUAUGGCUCCGCAGAACAGAUUAAACGGGUCCAUCAUAUUCAUAUGCGUGUUGAGACGACGAUCUCUUCACCAUAUUAUGGUUGUAAUGAGCACCAACAAAUUAAACGGUCAUACUUCCUUCGUCCCAAAAUAACUGACAUCCAUGUCACUUAUUUUGGGAUGGAAAGAGUAUUAUUAUAGUGAGAUGAUUCCCAUGCGGAGAGGAACAGGAUUGGGGGUUCAUCCA